AUGUACUCGAACGCCGAUAUCACUCAACGACACCGUGCCAUAGGGAUAGAGGAAAUCCGCGAUAUUUCUCUGCAUAUUAUUGCGGAUGCGCCACCGCCGAACUGGUUACGAAUAGAUAACGCACCCUUGAUUCCAAAGGUCACUAUCCUUCUCAUUCCAGGACUUACCACAGAACUUCUCUCGUUACCUCCCUUUCCAACAUCUCCCUUGAUCAAUCCCAACGUUCCCAUACCGAUACCCUUACCGUCCAAGGUCGCGUCGGGAGGUCCGACCAACAACGUCUCUUUCAUUGCUUCUACAUUUAGCCAUGCUUGUCCAACUCGUGCACCUGGUGAUCAAACCCGCAUGCAUAGCGUUUUGAACACUUUCUUUACUGUACCGAUCAGCGCGACGGAGAAGAAGAAGCGGGAGGAGCAAAAAGAAAAAUCAGAACGUCUACAAAGCAACGUCCCUGCGCAGUAUCUAUUAACCAUCGAGCAGAUGAUUGAGCAUGACUACCCUCUUCCAUCCUAUAUGGCAGACGUGUUCCAGAAGCCAGACGAUACCUGGGUGGAAAUACCGGAAGAGCCCAAGGAAAGCCUGUUAACAGCACCAGAUCAGAAAAAGAAGCCUUCUCGAAAUGUGUAUUCCCUAGAUUGUGAAAUGUGCAUGACAGAAGACGGAAAAGAACUAACACGAGUCUGCAUUAUCGAUUUCCGCUCUGGAAUCGUGAUUUAUGACCAACUAGUCAAGCCUUCCAAACCUAUCACGGACUACCUGACACGUAGAUGGUCAGGUAUUACGGCCGAGGCUUUGGCCCCUGUGACGACGACACUGUCGCAAGUCCAAGCGCAUCUUCUCCGCAUCCUGAGCCCACCAGCCACCGACCCUUCCUCUACGUCCGCCGAAUCUUCCUCAUCUCCGUUCCUAACACCCAUCCUCCUCGGACAUUCUCUCGAGUCGGAUCUACGGGCACUUAAGCUCUGCCAUCCUUUCUGCAUUGACACAGCUGUGAUAUUUCACCACCCCCGUGGCCGCCCUCUAAAACCCGGUUUAGCUUGGCUCACUAAGAAGUGGUGUGGACGUGAAAUCCAGACGAACGGUGAGGGUGGACAUGACCCGGAAGAAGAUGCGCGUGCGUGCAUAGAUUUGUUGAAGAAAAAGCUAGACAAUGGACCCACAUUCGGUGAAUUCAAGACCGACUAUGAAUCGAUCUUUGAACGGAUGGCGAGGUCCAAACGGAGGGCGGGAGGACCGAUGGGUAGCAUUAAAGGUGCUGUAAUUGACCACGGGAAUCCAAGUGUCAUGCAUGGCAACAAGGCCACAACAAGCAUAGGGUGCAAGGACGAUGAUGAGGUACUCAAAGGCCUGCUAGAGGUUAUUCCAUCACAUCACUUCGUUUUCGCAAGGUUCAUGGCAUUGGCUAAUAUACUAGGAUGGACUACACCAAAACAAUCUUCUGAUUCUCCACCCUUAGAGCCAGCACCACCACCAUCAGCUGAGCAGCUCGGUGCGGUAUUAGAUGCCCUCAACUUGCACCUUAAAGAGCUCCACAGUGCGCUGCCUUCGCGAACAGCGUUAAUUAUCUUCACCGGUCACUCCGAUCCACGUCGUAUGGCUGCGCUAAAUGCACGAAAGGCUGCUUUUGAGGCUGCCAUACGGAGUGGAAAGCCUAGCGAUGGGUUGCAACCCGAAGAGCGGUGGACGGCGGCGCAUGUGAGAGAGUUAGAGUCAGCUGUCGAGAUGACGAAGCGUGGGCUGUUAUUUUUGGGUGUGAAACCCUAG